CACAGAUAAGGGUCAUCGACUUCAAACUAGCAGGAGGAGCACACGGGAGGCAGCAUCGGAGCAGGCACGUACACGACGCUGAGAGUUUGUGGAGGAAGGACACUUUGAAAAAAUCUCCACGUCUCGAUCCAGCAGCAGGUGUAGUGACAGCUUGAGGCUCACCUGGUGGAAAGAAGUGGCAGUCGAAGAGGAGCAAAUAUCAAGAAGGCCUUCAGAUAUUUGCUGGAAAGGAGGACAAGGAAGAAAGGAACUUCAGUAAAGAGGGACCAAGAGGACAGAUAAAGGGACUCUUAAUCCUGAGCGAGGAACCCUGCCUGGGUGCACGAUGGCGACUCUUGCACUUGAACUGACCGGUAUUUCUCUGUCAGUGCUCGGCUGGGUGCUGUGCAUCAUCAGCUGCGCCUUGCCGAUGUGGAGGGUGUCGGCCUUCAUUGGCGCCAACAUCGUCACGGCUCAGGUGUUCUGGGAGGGCCUGUGGAUGAACUGCGUGUUCCAGAGCACGGGCCAGAUGCAGUGUAAGGUCUACGACUCCAUGCUGGCUCUGCCUCAGGACCUGCAGGCCGCCAGGGCGCUCACCAUGGUCGCCAUUAUCCUGGGGCUCGUGGCUCUUCUCAUCUCUAUGGUGGGGGCGAAGUGCACCAACUGCAUCGAGGAUGAAGGGGUGAAAGCCAGGGUGAUGGCCUCCUCAGGCGGGGCGUUCAUCACAGCAGCUCUGGCCGAGCUGGUGCCUGUUUCCUGGUCAGCAAACACCAUCGUAGUUGAGUUUUACAGUCCCAUCGUCCCCACUGGUCAGAAGAUGGAGAUCGGGGCGGCGUUGUAUGUGGGCUGGGCUGCCUCCGCCAUGCUGCUCAUCGGGGGGUCCAUCCUCUGCUGCAGCUGCCCUCCACAGGAAGAGAAACCAACGAGGUACAGCCUGCACCCCCAGAGUCGUAUAGCGUACUCCGCCGCUCCGAGGUCAGCCGCUCAGAGCUCCUACAACAGGAGGGACUACGUGUGACAGAAGAGCAGAGGGAUCAGGAAGAUGACUUUUAUAUGUAAAGAAGUGUAGCUAAACAAUGAUAUCACUGGUUUAACUGGAACCAGUCGUUCACUAGAAAAUGGUAAAAGAGCCAAACCAGGUGUUUGGUUGGUGUGCGGAUAGAAAAGACCACAACUGUUUGUAAAUAUGACGGGUUUUUUUUAAUACUUUUGAAAAGAAACAGCUGUUGACGGAUGUUCAGUGGACCUGUUUACAUUACCACUGGUCCAACAGAAGCAGCUGAUAAGAUCCGAUUCAAGGUGUGACAAAAUACAGCAGGUGACUUUAGUCUAUGCAGUCGGCUCAGUAGGGACAUAUUUAUUAUUUGUGCUUUCAACAUUUACUUUGUGUAUCAUCCUGUCGACUACUGCAAACUAAAUGGAGACACUUGUGUGACUGUACUGAGUUAUAAAUAGCUUGUUUUUUUUCUGGGCUGAUGAUAUUUUUCUUACUAUUAUUACAAAACACAGACACACACUGAGUCAUACAGCGGAGCUCCAGAGCAAGGUCAACAUGGCGGAGUGGGCUGUGGGAAGAAUAAGAGACGUACAUAGUUUAUGUGGUAUAUCGACGGUGUUUCAUCUCCAUCACAUUUCACUUCAUUAUGCGUCUGUGUUUGGACAUUUUCUACAAAGGUUUAUGGUUUUAUAUAACAUGUCUUUUGUUGUAUUAUCAUCGAACAUGUUGUGUGCACUGGACUUUAUGAAUGGAUAUGUUUUGUUUUAAGAUCUACUGAAAUUACUGAAAUAUAAUAAAUAACAAUACAUCAUGAAUGAAUAAAGAUUUUCACUGAGAAACUUUA